AUGUUUGUUGGUCAAUUGGUCAAUGGUGUAUUCGUUUUAUCUCAUAACUGUUAUAGUGAGGUUGAAUCGAUAUAUUCGAAAUGUCGCGCAAUCACACCUGUUACUGCCUCACGGACAGUCGUGGAAAAUGCUAAACUAGCAUUUAAGCAUUGGACACGGCGGAACAGCAUUGAAAACGAGAUCAAGGAGCUUAAAUGCCGGGUUAGCCUGUGCUAUAUACAGUUCACGAUGUUUGCUGCUGCUAGAGUAGAGGCAUCCACUCAAAAUAUACGAGCUGUCGCAAAAAGAAUUGAUGCUACAACUAUGAGGAUCGAGACUCGAAUACUAAAAUUUCAACAACACCACCAAAACUUUGGGAUGGAGGCAAACCGACAAUCCCCAUAUUUUGAUCCACGAAAAAGGGAUACACAAGUUGCCGAUGGUUAUCUACGCAACGAAGUGGAUGAAAUCGAUCAGAUACUCAAAUUCAUUCUAACACCUCACACCAUAUUCACAAUCACUGAAGACUCCCACCUACGCCCAUUUAGCCCCGUUCUUCAUUUUAAGCCGGAUUCAAAUAAGAAACCAACCUAUCGUCGCGAAAUCAUCAGCAUGACCAUCGAUUUAUUCCGUCUCCUAAAGAACCUUCCUGCAUGCGAAACGUCAUUUCAGUUAGGGGCGGAAAAUUUACUCAACUUAUCAAUUGGACUUUACCAUCUAGAAUUGUACCAGGAAGCCGAAGUUAUUGGCAUCUGGGCAAUCAAAUUAUUUCGUGUUCUAACGGACAGUAACCGAGACUCGUAUCGCCCUUAUCUUGCUCUUUGUCUUCACAAUGUAACGCAUUAUCAUAUGGCCCAAAAUAAUGCAAAAGAAGCACACGCUGCUAUGGUGGAAUGUCUCGACAUAUCCCGAAUGCUGGUCAAGGAAUCUCCUACUCCCGAACUCGUUGCCUCCCUUUCUCGGUCAUUGGUCAGGUCGUCGAAGAUGGCCACUGUGGAUCAAAAAUAUGCCCUUUCCCUACUAGAGAGUCAAAAUGCGGUCAGAGUCAUCGAAGAUUUCUUUCAAUCGACCAACGAAAAGCAUCGUGAUCUUAGUUUUUCCUUAUUCUUUGGUACUGGAUCCUGUUAUUUGCAGCGAACUUUGGAUCGACCAAAUGGAAUGGAAAUUGUUUCCAACGAAAGUUCGAUGACUCAGAUUUUAUAUGAAUAUUCACAAGCCCUUCACCAAUUGUCACAUAACCUUCACCAUCACGGAAGAUUCUUGGAGGCCAUUGAAGCAGACACGAAGGCCUUGCAGUCGAUUCACUUCAGUGGCCAACCGAACACGAUUUCUAUCCACGCCGACAUUGCCGAGAUAUUGAUUCAUCUAUGUCACCCAGAUCUUCGUAUAUUCAUUCAGGUUGACGAUAUUGUUCGGUAUAUUGGGGAUGCUGUCGCCAUAUACCAACGAUUUGCCGAUGAGGGCCUUAUCGUGUAUUCCAGGCCGUUGUACCAUUCGCUGUAUAUUCAGGCUGUGAUACAUAGGUCCGUUGAUAAUCAUACCGAAGAAUUAAAAACGUGGAGCCAGGCCGUCAACGUGGCAAGGUCAAUCGAUGAUAACGUACUUUGUGCCAAUGCCCUACAUCAGAAUUGCUGGAGUCUUCGUAAAUUAGGCCGACUUGAUGAAGCAAUAAAAACUCGCAACGAAGCUAUUCGAAUUUAUCUCUCUGUUAUCGACGUCCCAAGUGAAGUCCUGGCAAAUACUUACUAUGAACUCGCUGUCGACUUUCAGCUUGCGGAUCGUCAUAAAGAAGCAAAGGAUGCGGUUCUUGAGGCUCUGAGGCAAUAUCGGAUUCUAGUUUUACAGGAUCGCGAGAUGUACAAGGAGGCUCUAGCGGACACCACCACAUUGUUGGCAAGCAUUUUUCUUAGUACACACGAUGCGGAUGAAGCUUUGGAUACAGGGGAAGACGCUCUUGCGCUAUAUCUGUCCCUGCCGUCUCUAAUCCAUGGUGAAACUGAUGCUAUAUCCAAAUAUCUAUAUUGCUUGGAUAUCAACAUGGCCGCCGCGUUCUCGUCAUAUGACAAAUGGAAGGCAACAAAGCGUGGCCUUUCACUUGUGAAGCUUUUUGAAAAGCUGACACAUAUAUACCCAGACGGUGAUCCAUUGGGCUUGGUCGUUUGCUGGAGGGACUACGCGCUUCUGCUGCAUGAGCAUGGUCGGACUGAGGAGGCAAGGAAGUGGACGGAAAAGGCGAUAAACUCAAUCGAAUCAUACAACAUUACAGCUCCUAGUACAAUCGAACGACUCAUCAUCUGCUUGCGCACACACGCACUCUUCCUCGAUUUUCAAGGUCUCAGACGUGAUGCAUUGGAAACCAUCUUGAAAGCCGUACAGUUGGCAAAUGAUGCCCUUCAUGUCAACCUCUCUUUGGCCCCCGUUUACAUUUCGUUAAAAGUCUUCCACGUUGACUUACUUUGGGAAAGUGGUCGUUAUGACGAAGCCCUUAGUGUAAGCGAAGAGUCCGUAGCAUUUGCUCGACGCACAACAUCACUAGAUGUGGAUAGCCUUAUCGGCUGCCUUAACAUGCAUGCAACAGUUCUAAAUUUCAAUAACCAUAUUGGACAAAGCAUCGAUGUAGCCAACGAAGCGAUUGAACUGUGCCACUCAUAUACCGAUUUUCUAGAGCCAGAUAUUAUUGCCAUUCAUCUCUCAUAUGCUCACCACAGGUUGUCAGAAAGCUUUGCGGAUCUGGGCCAGCAUGACGAGUCACUCUCUCAUGCUGAAGUGUCGAUGAACAAACUUGUCUCCUUCCACAAUGUAAUCCCAUUCGUACGGCUUUCACACUUCCGAUACCAAUUAACGAUGUCUUCAAUCAACCUAGCUGAACGGCUCGCCACGGCUGGAGACUACACGAAAUCUAUUCAACUUAUGAUGGAUGCUAGAUCGUUUUUCGAAGAAUCGACCCGUUCUAGGAAGGGUUACUAUAUCGAACUUACCCGAGUUCUGCGUUUAACGUGUCUUCUACAUUGCUCAUUUGGACGACACGAUGAAGGUGCUGCUGUAACAAUCCACCUAGGUAGUCUCAGAAAACGUCUCUCCGUCUUUGCUCCCAACAUCGCAGCUCUAAUUGAUAGCGAGUUUGAGCGCCCUAUGCGUCGGCCUACUUGGUUGAAAACUUCGGACAUAACAUCGGAUUGUUCUUGUUUGCCUGUUUGCUUCCUAGCUCAUUCCGAACCUUUUCCAAUGCCCAAACCAUGA